CCGAUCAACAUGAAGUUUGUAAUCCUCGCCUGUGUUGCCGCCGUGGCCCUCGCCGCCCCCCAGUACAGCUCAAGCGAAGAGGUUGUGCCAAUCCUUAGGGACGACCGCGUCCAAGAGGACGACGGAACAUACAGCUUCGACUUCGAAACUGGUAACGGCAUCCGCGUGUCCCAGGCUGGAUCCCCCGACGGUGAUGAGGACGCAGUGAUCAAGGCCGGAGAAUACUCUUACACCGCUCCUGACGGCACCCUCGUUGUCGUCAAGUUCGUGGCUGACGAGAACGGCUACCAGCCUCAGUCCGACCUCCUGCCCGUGGCUCCCGCUUUCCCCCACCCGAUCCCUCAGUUCGUCCUCGACCAGAUCGCCUUCGCCGCCGAGGAGGACGCUGCCCGCGCUCGCGCCGAUUCUGAUGAACGUUACAAUUAAAAGAGAUAAAGUUAC